AUGCCUUCUCUCUCGGAAGCCUUUAGAGCACAUCCCGUUCACCUUCACCACAACCACAAGCACCCUGACCUCAGCACACUUCAAGAACUCCCUGAUUCUUAUGCUUGGACACAACUUGAUGAUCAUCCUCACACUUACCCUUCUAAUUCUUCGAGGGGUGAGAGUGUCCCCGUUAUCGAUCUCAACGACCCAAAUGCACCCAAGCUCAUAGGCCAUGCAUGCAAAACAUGGGGUGUGUUCCAAGUGGUAAAUCAUGGCAUCCCUUUGACCCUCUUCACUGACAUUCAAAGGCUUGCCCUAACCCUAUUUUCCCUUCCCUUUCACCAAAAGCUUAAAGCAGCUCGCUCCCCCGAUGGAGUUUCUGGCUAUGGCCGUGCUCGCAUCUCUUCUUUCUUCCCCAAACUCAUGUGGUCUGAGUGCUUCACAAUUGUUGAAUCCCCUCUUGAGCAUUUCCUCCAACUCUGGCGUCAAGACUAUGCUAAAUACUGUGAUAUUGUGGUGAAAUAUGAAGAAGCCAUGGAAAAGCUAGCAGGGAAGCUAAUGCGGCUCGUGUUGGCUUCAAUGGAUAUUUCAAAGGAAGACCUUAAAUGGGCUGGCCCAAGAGGUGAAUUCAACGGAGCUAGUGCAGCCUUGCAUUUGAAUUCUUACCCGAGUUGCCCGGAUCCGGAUCGGGCCAUGGGUCUGGCCCCACAUACAGAUUCCACUCUCCUCACAAUCCUACACCAAAACAAUGUUAGCGGGUUGCAGGUUCUCAGGGAAGGUAAAGGGUGGGUGGCGGUGCCGCCACUUCCUGGAGGGUUGGUGAUCAAUGUCGGUGAUCUGCUCCAUAUUUUGUCAAACGGGUUAUACCCGAGUGUGCUCCAUCGGGUUUUGGUGAACCGCACUCGACAACGGUGUUCUGUUGCUUAUUUAUAUGGGCCCCCAACAAAUGUUAAAAUAUGUCCACAUGAGAAAUUAGUAGGCCCAACUAGGCCCGCUCUUUAUCGAGCAGUGACUUGGAACGAGUACCUUGGCACCAAAGCAAAGCAUUUCAACAAGGCACUCUCAUCGGUUAAGCUUUGUACAUCGAUAAAUAAUUAA